AUGGCUACCACCAAAGUGACCUUUGUAACAGGCACUGCAGAAGUCAAGAGAAGAGAUCCAGUCCAGGAAUUUUCCCGUUUAGAACCUGUGCCUGAGCAGCGAUUAACUACAGAACCACACACACCACUCCAGGUGACUUACAUUGAUGGAAAAUGUACUUGCUGUCCCUAUGGCUACCACAUUGAUCUGGACUUUCUCAACUUUUGCCGUGACCUACAACGGGGUUCCACUUUGAAAAAUCUCAAAAGGAUACAGCGAACUAAAAGAAAGCUGAGGAAAUCUAUGGAGAUGAUGCUUGAUGAACAAGAAGGCAUAGCACCAGGCUCAAAGUCUACCCCACCAGAUGUGGUUCAUUCCACCGAGGCUGGGCGACUGAUGCAUAUGAUUAAUUAUGAGCAGUCAGCCACCCAGAAUCUUCUCAGUCGCAUAGAUGCCUCUGUCAGUAACAUGGCUGGUGUGGAGGAGGGACCAGGGAGAAAAUAUGUAUCUUCUGACAGUCUUGAGCCUAGAACUCCUACUUAUAGUACAUACCCACUUGAUGAGUCUAACGUCAUGACAACAUCAUAUUCCACACUGGAUCGUACAGAUUCGUUUGGUUCCCUGUCAUCUGUAUCCACCCUGUCCAGUGAAAAUGCAUUACCCCAUCCUGCAGAACUGAAACAACUUUACAUCAAAACAAGGACAGAGGUAUGCGUCCUUUCGAAAGAGGACAACCAGGCUUCUCUGCAGUCAGUGCGAGAAGCUAUGGCUGUCAGUCUUCAACGAAUGAGAGAACUUGAAGAGCAAGUGAAAACUAUUCCAAUUUUACAGGUGCGUAUAUCAGUGCUGAAAGAGGAGAAGCGACUGUUGAGUCUUCAACUAAAGGCCACUAAUGCUGGUGCUAAACCUCCAGUGAGUUCCAUAGGGGUUGGUGAUGGAAGAGUGGAUGUUGUAGAAGUCAUGGAACAUUCUGUCAAGUCUCCUCGAACAUUCGACUUCCCCAAAUCUUUCUAUGCAGAUGACAAAUCACCAGUUCAGAAAUCACCACAAUUUAAAAGCCCACCCCAGACAUUACCUAAACCUACUAGAAUAUUCUCAUCGGGUGUGGGUGAUCACAGCGUCCUUGAACCCUACAACCUCCAACCAGAUCUGCCAUCUGGGUUCACUAUUAGAGACAAUGAAACAUCCUUUGAAAUACAUUCCAGAACAGUCAUACAGCAGACGAGCACCCCAGUAAAUAGAAUUUCCAUCCAGUCUUUGAACAGCCCUCCUAGAGCUCUUACGAGAACUGUUGGUACAGGAGAUGGAAAUGUGUUUGAUGAGUCCGGGCUACAUGUUCAUGAGAAGGAGCUGAGGACUGUGAUCAUAGGACCCAGCAGUCCCGUGGCUAAGAGAAACGUGGGUAUCGAGUGUCGGGUGCCUACGCGGGAUGUGGGCGUGUUGUUUAAAUGUGAUGAAGCCAAACCUGAAACGAGAACUGUGGGUGUUAAUGUCAACUAUGACACCAGUGGCAUCCUGACCACGCUUGACUUCAAGGGGGAAACUGAGCUUCGAAUGGCACUGAGAGGUGUUCUCCAGAGGAGCGUACGAAGUGUGGCAACUAACUGUAACUUUAAUCCAACUGUUGUAGACUCCGGCACGGCAACAGACUCGUUCACAGGUAUCAGUGUGGGCUGUGGAGAUGAGGAGCAGAGGGUGGACGUGGAUGUCAGGCCUGCAACCAUGAAGAAGUCGGUGGCCACUGCUGCUAAACCAGAAACUGGACAUAAAUGGGUCAGCACUGAGCCAGAGUGGGCCUUGGAUGCCAGCACAAACACAUAUCAGGUAGAUACUUACCACAAAUCUGUUAUGACUGAGAGACAGAAACAGAUGUUUGCAGCUACAAAUACAGAGCCACCCAUAUGCCACAUUGCAACGUGUCAGACUGAACAGAAAGUGUUCUCGGAUCUUGAUCAGGUUAGAAAUACUGCUAGCAACACUGAACCAGCCAGAACUUAUUCGACAGGAGUGUGUACUGACAUCAUUCCUACCUUCACUGUCGGCAUCAACACCACAGAAAUGGUCUCUGAUGUCUUUCGAGUCUCAUCUGAACAGAAGACUAGUGUUCAGGCCAACGAACUCAAGUCUCAAGAACUCAAAUCUCAGGAACGCAAGUCUAAAGAACUGAAGUCUAUAUUAAAGAAACCAAAGACUGCUGAUUCAUCUGUGCAGAGAGAUAGCAGAACUGACCCUGGUCAUCAAGAAAUCACAGAAACUUCCAGAAAGGUUCAAGCUACAGGUCAUGAAAGUACAUUUUUAAACCGCUAUGGAGAUGUAAAACACUCAUCAAGUUCUGAUGAUAGACAACAUUUGACUAGCAGAGAAACCACUUCCACUUCGCCACCUCAGACCAGAGACUUUGUUCGCAGUCAAGGGGCCUUCUUCAGUAGUCGAAAGGAGCUUUUAAACAACAGUUCCAGUCAGGAAGAUUUGGAGAAUAGACAUUCUGCCUUUAAAAGGGUUUCUCCAAGUAAAUCUGAAGAUGGUUUUUCAGAAACUGUUGUAGAACAUUACAUCAUAACCAACAAUGGGAAGAAGCUUAUUUCAGAAGAGAAAACAACCACUACAUCUUCAGGAACCAACACGAGUUUCAGGAAAUUUGCGCCAGAAGAUGGAGAUUUCUGGUCUCAGAAUUUGGACCCUGAGGGGGACAGUAAUAACCAGUCCGAAGAUGUAAGCAGACUUUCAGAAGGUGGUGGAUCCAGAAUUAGCUCACAUGAGAGCUACACAGUUAACAAACCAGUUGGGAGUUUAAUGACAGAGAAGAACUUUGUUAGUGUGAUAAACAACCCAUAUCUUACGGUAGACAAUUUAGCCGAGGUUUCAUCCUUGUUAGAUUCUGACAUAGGAAGCAGUUUAACAAUCCCUCAUAUUUCCAAAACAGCAAGUGACAAUUGUGAAAUAACCACCUAUGUCACAGAAACAACUGAAGAUGGUGGGACAAGAGCUUGGGAGGAUCAGUCCCCAGCUGGUCAGCUUCCCGUCUCUCUGACAAGUGAAGAUGACUCAGAAACCAAGACUGCAUCUUCAGCUUCAAAGACACAUAUCUCCAACAUUCUCAGUUCUCAGCAUUGGUCAGAUUCAAACCUAUCUUCCCCUGUGACCGGUGACAGUGAGUUUGCAGGCAGGGGUAAUUUAACUGUCGGUGGCACCAAAAGUUUCAGUGAGACGAUAAUGACUGCAAUUGGUGGCAGUGAUGGGGAUUUGGCCAGUGAGGUGGGCAACUAUGGAUCUCUGGACAGGCAGACUGGCAAGCUCAAGUCUAUCAUGAAGCGAAGGCCAUCAGAUUCACAGCAGAUAGGCAGCAGAAGGGGCAUCAGGUUUGCAGAAACUGUGACUGGAGGUACUGGAUCCAGCUCUCAAGAAGACGAGGAGGAAAAUACUUCAGACUCAGAUUCUACUGCCAGUUUUGAAGAGGGGUCUUAUGAUGGACAGCAAGGGCAGGUUAUAUAUUAUUGCAAAGAUGAUGAGGCCAUAGCUCAAGGCCUGCCUGGAGCUCAGAUGUUCGAUCAGAAUAUCAGAGAAAUCUAUGAACUGCCAAGUGAAGUUAGACAAGCAUGCAAUGUUCUGGCCACAUACCUUGUUGACUCUACCUCGAUUCAGACCAGACAGUUGAACGCUUGUCAGACCCAGGUACAGGAAGAGUGGUUUCGGGUGUCCAGUCAUAAGUUAUCGGUGGCUCACCAAGUGGAAGACUUCCUUUCUUCUGUCAACGAGAUCUCAAAGAGACUUCUGGAGCAUGUUAUCAACAUGGCAGAUGCAAAUGGCAAUACAGCCAUCCAUUACUGUGUCUCACACUGCAACUUUGAGAUAGUCAGUCUGUUGCUGGAUUCCGAGGUGUGUGAUAUCAACAAGCAGAACAAGGCAGGCUACACCCCCAUCAUGCUGGCUGGACUUGUCACUUUACAGAACCCAGAACAUCAAGAAACUGUCCGCAGGCUCUUCUCCAGGGGUGAUGUCAAUGCAAGAGCAACAUCAACCAAGCAGACGGCCCUAAUGUUGGCAGCCAGCCAUGGCAGGACAGAAAUGGUACGACUGCUUGUGGAGGAAGGUGCGGACAUCAACUUGCAAGAUGAAGAUGGCUCCACGGCCCUAAUGUGUGCCUGUGAACAUGGCAACUUGGAUAUUGUAAACUUCCUUCUGGCUCAGCCCGGCAUUGAUGCCAACAUUGUAGACAAUGAAGAUAGUACAGCUCUGUCUAUAGCCAUGCAGGCAGGUCACAAAGAUGUGGGUGUCGUCUUGUACAAACACUUGAAUUUCUCAAAAGUAACCUCCCCUGCAGGCCACAAGAGGAGAAGAAGUUCUAAUUCCCCGACCCUGAGCAACUUUGCUAUUCGAUGA